AUGGUAACCCUCCAAGCCAUCCGAGCGCACAACUUAGCUCUCAAAUCCCUAGGCCCCAGCCUAGUCGCGGUAUUCGGCGGCACAUCCGGCAUCUCCCUCUCAACCGCGCAAGCCCUAGCGCGCUACACCACCUCCCCCAAAAUCUACCUAAUCGGCCGCAACCAACCAGCCGCGACCCGCGCCAUCGAAGACCUAAAGGCCAUCAACCCCAGUGCACAACCCACCUUCCUCCAAACCGACAUCUCGCUCCUCGCCAACGUGGACCGCGUAUGCGCAGAGAUUACCACCCGGGAAAAACACCUCAACCUCCUCUUCAUGACACCAGGGUACAUGACUAUGCGCGGGCGGGACGAGACAGCGGAGGGCCUGGACCGCAAGUUCGCGCUGCACUACUACGCGCGGAUGCGCUUCAUCGACCGGCUUAUGCCCUUGCUUACUGCAGCUGCUUCGCGUGCAGAGGGUGAGGUGCGGCUCUCGCGGGUGGUCUCGGUGCUGGAUCCGCAUGUGGCGGUGCGGGCGGGCGGGGCCGGGAAGUUGGAUUACGAGGAUCUGAGUCUUAAGGAGACGUUUAGUUUGAAGCGGUGCGGGCAUCAUGCGAGCUUGAUGGGAAAUUUCUUCCUCGAGGGUCUGGCGGGUCGGUUCCCCAGGACGGCGUUUGUGCAUGCUUAUCCUUCUGGGGUUGAUACGGGGUUGAUGCGGGAUUUGCCGGGCGCGGGGGUGUUGAAGGCCCUGCUGGGGACGGCGUUGAGGCCGUUUUUGGUGCCUCUUUCUGAGAGUGGUGAGAGGCAUUUGUUUGCGGCGACUAGUAAUAGGUAUCCUCCGCGGGAGGAGGGGCAGGAGGGGCAGGGUGGAGAUGCUGUGGCUGGGAGUGAUGGUUUUAAAGGGAGUGGGUCUUACUGGCUGAGUUGGGAUGGUGAGCCUUUUCCGCAGAAUAAGAAGAUUGACCGGACGAGAGCCGAGGGUGCUGUUGAGAAAGUGGUGCAGCAUACCGAGGAUGUGUUCAAGAGCGUGUGUGAGGAGGGGAGGACGUAUCCUUGAUGUGUUCUUCUCGUUAGGCGUUUUUCUCGGAUUUCAGGAGUUAGAUCGGCUGUGGAAGGUUUCAGACUGGGAU